UCCGUUUUAUACUCAGAAGCAUUCUCAUUAAAUGCAAGGCAGUUCACGCUAGAGACACAUGCAGGGGAGUCAGUUUUUAACAGCGUUUACAAUAAGAGUACAGGAAUAGAAGCAUGUCUCUUCUUGUUUAUUUUCUUGGAUCGUUUGUUUUGCUUUUCCAAGGCGGACAAAGUGAAUUAACAUGGUACAAGAUGCUCUCUGCACGACUGGACGAUAUCGUGUUUGAUAUGAGGUCAAAAGAUAAUUCAAUUACAACACAGGUUCAGGAACUCAAGACUAUGGUGACCGCGACAAAUCAGCAGUUGGCCUCUUUUGAAAAGAGGCUCAGUGCGGUGGCUGAGUUGGUCGCUGUUGAGGAGAGAUUCGCUAAUAUAGACAACCGUUUGAAAGAUGUUGCAGCGGCGGAGGCAGGGAGACGGACGCAUCUGUUGAGACGAGGUCUUGAGCAGGAAAAGGCGGCAACGAUGACAAGAUUUGAAUCUCUACAGAAGAAUCAAGAGAAAAUCCUUUUGCGGAUGGAUGAUAUAGAAAGGUUUCAAGGUGCAAUAAUGACGCGGGCAGAUGAUAUGUAUACUCAAUUGAACGAAACGCGAAUUCAGAUAUCUAAUGUAGAAAAUGAACUGUAUGUUACUGUUUAUAACACAAGUAACUUAUUUGAAAGUGUUGGUACUCUGGAAAAUAUGCAGGUAGCGAUGAAAGGGACUGAAGAAAAAAGCAGUGCGUUGGUAGCAGCGAUGGAACAGGAAGUAAAAUCUACGCAGCACAACGUUCAGAAACUCCAGUCACAGGUUCAAACCCUCGUUGAUACGCAAGAGAGUCUUCAGUCUAAGACAAGGACUAUCGAAGCAAAGGUCGAUACGACACGCGCGGAAAUAUCUCGGCUGACUGAAGACAAAACGAGAGCGCUGAUAGCGGUCAUUGAAGAGCAAGUUAAGUCAACGCAGAACAACUUUCACACACUCAAGUCUCAGGUUCAAACCCUUGUGGGAAUGCAAGCGGAUCUUAAAUCCAAGACAAUGAGUAUUGAAGCACAGGUCGAUACGACACGCGCAGAUAUAUCUCGGCUGACUGAAGACAAAACGAGAGCGCUGAUAGCGGUCAUUGAAGAGCAAGUUAAGUCAACACAGAACAACUUUCACACACUCCAGUCUCAGGUUCAAACCCUUGUGGGAAAGCAAGCGGAUCUUCAGUCUAAGACAGGGACUAUCGAAGCACAGGUUGAUACGACACGCGAUGAUAUAUCUCGGCUUCAGCGUAUCGUAUCAGUGGACGGACAAUGGGGUGCAUGGACUUCAUGGUCUCUUUGCACAUGGUCUCACCACUGCACUCAGACACGGACUCGAGCUUGCAACAAUCCAGCACCGCUACAUUUCGGGAGAGAUUGCCCCGGUCUUACGACACAAACGCAAGAAUGUAACACAUCUUCAUGUGGAGGGAAAGAUUGCACCGAGCUUCUGAGCAGAGGUGCCCCAAAGCGAAGUGGUGUCUACAACAUUACCACCCCUCUAUCUCACACCAAGAUACAGGUGUUGUGUGACAUGGAGACAGACGGGGGAGGCUGGACGGUCUUUCAAAAGCGGUUCAAUGGCAGUGAAGAUUUUUAUCGGAACUUUAGUGACUAUGAAAAGGGCUUCGGAACUGUUUACGCAGAACACUGGCUGGGUCUUAAAUACAUUUACGAGAUUACAACGCGUGGUUCCUACCAACUCCGUGUAGACAUUGUACGUUCGAACGGAAGCAAGGGAUACGAUGUGUACGGGGGCUUUAGUCUUUCGCCUGGAACGAACUACACACUGAACGUUGGGUCACGUGUACGAUCCGAUGGUCUUCUCAACACAGACUACUCAUUUAGUGAUGGAGCCUCUUCAUGGGCACCGGUCGGAAAUGCCUUCAGUACGUAUGAUCAUGACGUUGACCGUCUUUCGGGGUUCAACUGUGCAGCAGAGUAUAAAGGGGGCUGGUGGUACAAUGACUGCUAUAACUACAUCAAUCUGAAUAGUCUUUACCGACCAAAACUAAAUAGUUGGAUAGCCAUGAUUUAUGACUCUGACUACGGUCUUGCUGCCAGCACCAUGAUGUUUAAAAGUGUGUCAUAACAAUGCCUCAUAUCAACUGUGUAUAUUAAUCAUUUACACCACCUAAUAAACCUUCUCAAUACGACCAUAAAUUGUGCGCACAGAUCUUAAUGUCACAAACUAUACGUUGCAAUGUCUCUUAAGCUUGUUUAAAAUAAAGACACUAUAUAGCUGAUACUCGUUUGGGUUUCAAGUCAUAAUGAACUGAUUGCAAUGGUUAUUGUGUUCUGAUUUUUAUAUAACCGUUUAGUAUUUAAAUAGUAAGGCAAUAGAAAUGCAAUGUCCUUUAUAGCUUAUCAAUUUGGUGUGUGAUGCUAUAAGGUUAAUACGUAUGCGGAUUUCAAUGUUAUGUGAAUACUUAUUGACCAAUUGUGAAGUUUGGAACUCCUUAAAACCGGUUUAAACCCUCGGUGCUUUUGUAUUGAGCAUUCCAAGGCGGUGACCCCAGAGUUGUCCAUGAUAUUUGUGCUGUUGUAAUGAUAUGCGUAUCUUGUAUUGUACAUUUGUUUAGUAUCUCUCUGUUUUGCAACUGAUUCCUCGCCAUAUAUAUAUACCCCAUUGUAUAAUAUAAGAUUUCUCUCCUUCCUUCCUGUGCAGCUGAAGUUUCAUUCUAUGUGUAUGACACCUGGCAAUAAAGUUAUUAACACGCUAUGAUAUCAAUUUGUGCUGUCUUCAAGGAUUCAUUAUCUCGACAUUUAUGACACUGAUUUAAUGACAUUUUGUUACAAGUUGAGCAACAUUUAACCUCAUAAAAUAUAUAUUCUCAAAUAUUCACUACCACAGGGUGGAGUUAUGAAAUAAUUACCGUGUUUAGUUUUCGGUUUUUCCGGAAAUGUUUCGAUAUAUAAUAUUGCUAUUGAUGAGAACAUGAGAUUACGAGUGUACGUACGUUUGUACCAGGAUCUUUUAAAUUUUGAUAGAUACAUGUGUAGAUCACGAACACCCAGUUUAAACGUAAAGUAUCGUACCUGAUUAGCCUGUGCAUUAAGCCCCGUUUUCACAGAUCGACACUCAUAUCGUUGUUAAUCUAGCCAAUUUAUAGCGCCGAAAGAAGUACAUGUACUCGAAUCGAUAUUGUAUCAUGUUUUAUUGGAGAUAAUGCCAUAAACACUUAACAAGUAAGAUGCUUUGUAACUAAACAAUGGACAUAAGAAUAAACUGACAAACAUGCGUCA